AGGCCACGCCCCCGAGGAGGGGACUUGUGACGUGCCCGCCCCCUCCUCGAGGUCGGGGCUCUGUCCUCGUUGCCUGACGUCACCGCCCGCCGCGGAGUGCGCAGCAGGUGCCGCCGGCGGCGCGAGACGGGAGGCGCCUGAGGACAGAUUCUGCAUCCCACAUGAACUACGAAAAUCCUCCACCUUACCCUGGCCCGGGCCCGACUGCCCCAUACCCACCCUAUGCACAGCAACCGGGUGGUCCUCCUGGCCCAUACCCAGGCUAUCCUCCUGGACCUACUGGGCCAUACCAGCCAGGCCAGCCAGGUUAUCAAGGCUAUCCCCAGUAUGGAUGGCAAAAUGCACCUCCGCCUCCAGGACCAGUGUAUGCAGAUGGGCCUAAAAAUACAGUGUACGUCGUGGAGGAGCGGCGGAGGGAUGACACGGGUGAGAGCGCCUGCCUGACGGCCUGCUGGACCGCGCUCUGCUGCUGCUGCCUUUGGGACAUGCUGACCUGACUCUGCUGCAGCCACCUCCCGUACCUCUCACUGAGUGCUAUGCAGGCUCCCCACUCCUGUCCUGACUUCUUUCUGUUACUGUAAUCAACGCUCUGCUUUGCACAGCCAAGAGUUCCUGUCUGUCAGUCCUAGCGCCUUGUUGGGGUGGGGGGUGCACUCCUUUAUUUUAGUAAAGGAAAAAUCCCUUUUUAACAUUUCUAAGACUUUUGUUGUAACUUUGAAGAAUGUGCUAAUGGUAUAUUUCAGCCAAAGGCAUUCUGAUGAAAUGUAUAUUUAUCAGUUGAAAUUUUCCUAGUCCUAGAAAUGAAGAUGUAUGCAAUAAUUAAAGCCAACAGUUGAUUUUC